AUGGGGAGGAAACCUGCUUUUCUACCCCACAAAUCUGUCUACUGGAUGAAAAAGGCAGACGUUGCAAAUACAACAGUGGAAGAGAAUAUUCUACAAAUACCUCCUUUAACACUGGGAGAAAUCAAUGAGAUUAUCAGUUCCUGGUUAGAAAAGGAUCGCCGAAGACUCUCCAAACGCCAGCAUGAUCACUUAAUGGAAGCUUGCACAGCCUGCCCAUUACCACUUUAUAUACACUGUGCUUAUAAGGAGUCUUGUUUAUGGACAUCUUUCAGCCCAGAGACAGAGGUGUGUCUUCCACAAGACAUACCUGGCAUGUAUUCAUGGACACUGAACCGAAUGGAAAAAUCCCAUGGGGAACAAGUGGUAAAAAGGAUGGCAACUUAUGUGUCACUUUCAAGAAAUGGCAUAACUCAGGAAGAGCUGCUGGACCUUAUGUCAAUGGAUGAUGUGGUCAUUCAAGAAGUAACUAAAUUCCAAAAAGCCUCCAUUUCAGCAUUCCCUUUAGUGCUGUGGUUGAAGCUUUUGGAAGAUCUUGGAGAGCAUCUGAGAGAACAAAGAACAGACAACACAUAUGUCUUUAAUUGGGCUCAUAUGUCUCUGAAACAUGUCUGUAUGGAGAGAUACCUCAAGGCACAGGAUAGCCAGGUAUCACUACAUGCUUCCUUUGCAGACUACUACCUUGGUAGAAUUUCCCAUGAACUCAGGAAGUGCUGUGAACUGUCUACAUUUCAGCCACUUGCCUGGGCUUUGAAAAGAGAAUCCAAGAUCAGCUACAUCUUUAAUGUUCGUAAGCUCUUUGGGACUCCAUAUCACCUCAUCAGAUCUAAGAAUCUUACUCUUCUAAUCAAAGAAUGUCUUUUUAAUUAUGAGUUUCUCUUGCACAAAUCCUGGGCUUCAUCAAUUAUUAGUGUGGAAGAAGAUCUAAGAGCAGCUAUCGGUGCAGACAGGACUAUACCUGACUUAGCUUUAUUAAGUGAAGCUCUCAGGUUAUCCAAGGAGGUUUUAAUACAAGACCCAUCUCAGAUGGCUUCACAGCUGAUAGGUCGCCUUCAUCAGAUUGUGGCAGCAGACAAACCAGUGGCCCCAGGUGAUCCCAAAAAAUAUAUCUAUCUGCCAGCUCUUUUGUCCCAGUGUCAGAAAUCUUCCAUUCCUGUUCUUGUGCCUUCAACAUCCUGCCUUAUAGCUCCUGGUGGACUUCUUUGUGACUUUCUGAAAGGUCACUUGGACAGAAUUUCAGCAAUUGGAGAAACCCAGAAGGAACUCACUGUUGCAACAGUCUCCAGUAAUGGUACUUUGAAAUUGUGGGAUUUGAAGGUUGGCAAAGCCAUCUUCACUCUGAAUGCUGUUGGGCAGAAUAUCAGUGCUAUUGCUGUAUGUUUGGAGAACAGGUUGGUGGCUAUGUCUGACAGAACCACUCUUAAAGUCUGGGAUCUUUCCUUGGAAAGAGUGGUAUAUGCAGCUGGCAACUUUUUGGAUACUCCAAUACUAACAUCUGCAAUGAAUGGACAACUCCUGCUUGUUUUUUUUAAUGGCAAUCACAAAGUUCAGGUUUUUGAUCUCACUCACUCAUGCCAGUUGCUCCAUGAAGUAUACCUUUCAACAGAAGAAGUGCCUAUCCACAAGAACCGAUCCAUACUGGUAUCGAAGAAUUCAGUAAAAGAUUACGUUUUGUGUGCCUUUAGAAGUGGAAGUGAAGCAAUGGUCUUCAGUGGCAAGAAAGGCAAAGUAGUUGCUAAGCUGAAAAGCCAAGAACCAAUGGCAGCUGCUGAAGAUGUGGCUGUUACUAAGGAAUACUUCCUCGUGAUUUUCAGGUGUCCCUUCAUGAAACAGCGUGAGAUUGUGCAUAUAGAACUCUACAAUGUCCACACCUUUGCUUAUGCUCAUAGUCUGAAAGGAUGCUGCAAUGAUUAUAUUCACACUUUUGCUGUGAAUCAUUUGGGCUCUCACCUGGUAGCAUUCAGCCCUAUCCCAAACACCAACACCACUGAGAUAGUAUCAUGGAAUCUGGAGUCUGAAGACCAUAAACACUUGGCUAAAUUUCCUUCAGUCCCAGCUGGUGGUGUAUGCUCUGACCUUCGAUACUGUUUAGCAUUCUGUGACGGAGACAAUUACCUUCGAUGUUGGAACUUGGCUUCCAAGAUCAAUGACCAAUCUUUGACUGUCACUGCAAGCAAAGCAAAGAAACCAAACGGUAUUCAGGAUAUCGUGACAAUGGAGAACUAUUCCAGGUAUGCUGUGUGCCAAAAUACAAGUCCAGGAGUCAUAACAGUGUGGAACAUAAUGAAAUCAAAGUGUAAACACAAUGCUGUGAGAGUGGAGAGAGGGCUGAUAGAGAAUACUGAUAUAGUGUUGGUUAGAGACAUGAAACUUUAUGUCCUAACAGACAAAGGAAUGACCUCCUUUGCAGAUCCUCCAAGACCCAUUUUCCAGAGCCUGUUAGUUUAUGACCUCCUGAAAAAGAAGUACAUAAAGAAGCAGACUGGCCUUUACAUAAACCCCUGUCCAAAUGCUGAGUACAGGAUCCUUGAAGGAGGCCUUCUACUUGGUGUCUCAGAAAACAGAGACCAUUUUAUCAUCUGGAACUUGGAAACAGGAUUUAUUAAAGAGCGAAUAAGGCCAGAAUACAAGGACAAGUUUUCUUUGCAAGCUGCUCAACCUAACCAUUCCUUGUCCAAGGAAAACAUCAAACUAUACAAAGGAGCCUUGUCUAAAGAAACAACAGCAUUAUGGCUUCCUUGGGAAAGACGAAAUGAAACUAAGACUGGAAAGAAAAGGAGACGGGAAAAGGCAGCAAAACUGAAGACGGCAAUAUUGCAAGAACUAGCUAAUGAGAAGAGCAAUGCUAUUGACCAGUACAUUCUGAGUGGAGAUGAGAAGGUAGCAGUGUGUUCCUACUAUGCACAUCACCUGACAGUGUUCAGCUUGGAAACCAUGUCCUAUCUCCACACUCUUGAGAGCAGAGAAUCCAUGCUUUUCUUACACACUGCCGCCUUGACCUACAAUGGACAUUACCUGGUGCUCUCCAACUACAGCGAGGAAGAGAAAGUCAGCUAUGUAACUCUAUGGAAUUUAGCCACGGGAAAGAUUAGGAAAAGAUUAAAAAACGAGCCCAAUGUCUGCUGUACAGCUAUUACCGCUGAUGCUAGUAGAAUAAUUUUUGGAGAGAUGAUGGAAAAUAGGAUCAAGAUUUGGGAUCCAUUUAAACACAGGCACAAAUUAAUUCAAGGUUAUGAAGGUCUUCAUCUGACAGUGAACAGCAAACUGCACAUAUUAGAUGAGACAAAGGCUGUCCUGCUUGCAGGUGAAGUCAGUCUCUGGAACUUGGAAAUUGGUACCGUUAUAUCCAUCUUUACACCAGACAGCAAGAUCUCCUGCAUGACCAUUGAUGCUGAUAGAAGGGCGGUUCUUUUAGGCUUGAGUGACAGUCCUACUCUCAUCACUUUGAAAAUGCUGAGCAUCAACACUGCUGCAAGUUCAACAGGAAAAGAUGUGUUUGGAGAAGAAUCAUCAAGCAGCGAAGAGGAGCCCACAGUUACGUAA